UUCCUGUAGUAGAGCCGUAUAGGGUGCCAGUUACUGUCCAAGACAGUGGAGAGCAAUACGUGUUUUUCGUGUUCACGUUCAAAGUCCAAUGGCGCGUCAUAGUUUGUGUAUAUUGUUGUGUUUAUUUGGAUUUUCAUCACAGAAAUCUACCUUUGACGAUACCAGUUACGUGGCAGCUGUAGUAGAAUACGAGGUGCGAGCGAACUCAAGCCUUAAUUUGCAAAACUAUGUUCAAUUGAUACGAGAUGCUGCUAAAGAGAAUGCCGACAUCGUCGUGUUUCCCGAGAUGACACUCACAGUACGUGAUCACGUUGUGGUACCUAUCAAUGGAUUGCUGAAGGACUACCCCGUACCAGCUUUGCAACCAAACCUUUAUGACGAGGUUCUAGUCUCAAUAUCGUCAGCAGCGAAGGAAAAUCAAAUCUAUGUGGUGGUUAAUGUGGAAGAGAUAGUGGAUUGCACCAGCGGAGACGUCGCUGGCGAGAGCUGCCCAGAACAAAAAGUUUAUCUCUACAACACAAAUGUUGUAUUGGAUAGGGGCGGCGCGGUUAUUGACAGGUACCGUAAAAUAAACUUAUUUGGUGAAUCCACGCGAAAGCCAGGCUCUCUGUCGGAUUUAGGAAUAUUUGAGACUGAUUUCGGCGUAAAGUUCGGUCACUUUAUCUGCUUCGACCUGAUGUUCCAAGUGCCAGCAAUCCAAAUAGUUCAGAAGUAUAAUAUUACUGAUAUUGUCUUUUCAACUAUGUGGUUCUCAGAAUUGCCGUAUUUGACCGCUGUUCAGAUUCAAGAGGCUUAUGCAUUUUCAAUGAACGUGAAUUUCUUAGGAGCCGGAGCUAACAACGUUCGAGUUGGAAGUGCAGGUUCAGGAAUUUACUCUGGUAAAGCUGGUGCACUAGUAAGCAUAAUACCAGGCGUUUCUACAACUAAAUUGCUCGUUGCCAGGGUACCUAAGGUACCUGGACAGGUAAACGAAACAGUCCCGGGACCUAUAUAUAACAGUCCCACAGAGCAAGACAACCUGUACCUCCUAACUGACCCAUCACUGGUUUCUCAUACAACCAGAUUGUUGACGCCAGGAAAUCAACAGUUUAUUCUCACCGACAACGAUGUAUCAUGCUACUUCCGAGUACGACUGAGUGAGAGAAGCGGAAGCAAUGCACCCUUUUAUAGAGCUUUCGCCCACGAUGGUGUCAACGUAUACGUUAAACGCGAUGCAGGCACUGUGGGCUGUCUGCUAGCUGCUUGUAAGACAGAAGAUGUUAAGAGUUGUGUUUAUAGGUCCGAUGAAGAUGUCGUAGAAAUUCAAGAACUCCAAAUAAAAAUGGCAUAUCACCGGCAUUACAAUACUACAUUAAAAUGCAAUGAUAUUGAAUUUUUCCCGAUAUCUCUAAGAAAUAAUAUGUUUCCACUUAAUCCUGCGAAUUUCACUUACAAGGAAGAUCCAUUAGAAACAAAGGAUUAUGAAAAAAAUUCAAAUGAAAACGACGGACCCGUAGAAAUAACGAAUAAAAUCAAGUCACCCCAAACUGAGAUUAUUUCGUUUGGAAUAUGGGGUAGAGUGUUUAAUAGAGACGGAAAAAUACUGAAGGACUUUUCUAAAGAAGACAUCGAGAAAUACAUUGAAAUUGAAAAUAUUAUAUACAAUCCUGAAAAGGACAGGAGUUCUCUGAUAGAUGACGAAUUAUAAAUAAUCUUUGAAUAAUCUAGUAUAUGAAAUGAGAAAUUGGACUUACCUACUUAUCAAUAAACACCUGAGACUAGAAAUGUGAUUUUGCGCGUAGAUCCUGAUUACGAAAUAAUUUUCACAAAAUCUACGUCAGCGAAGCCGUGGCGUCAGCCAGUUAUUAAUAAUUUUUUUUU